CCCAAGGGCCUGGCAGCACUGUAAAGACCCCCGCCUGAGGAUGUCAGGGGGCUCCCACCCCCGCGAGGGCAGGGGAAGCCUUAGGCGCCCCAAGUUCCCCAAUGAUUCGUCCACCUUGACAAGGAAGCGGGGACCCAGCCCAGGAAGUCGCUCACUGGCCUCCCUUAGGCGGGGAGGCCACAGGCAAAGGGGACAGCAGAAUCCGUGGGACAAAGAAUGAUAAAAACACACAGGGAGGGGAGGAGUGCCUCAGAGGUUCAAAAGAAGCGUGCCAAGCAGGGACACGGCUCACAGCAGGCCGCGGGCAGUGCCAAGGAGCCAGCAGACGCUGCCCAGCUUGGACACGGGAAUGGAGCAAGGAGAGGAAAGUGGCCCUGCAGACCCACCCGGCCAGCAGUGGUGACAUGUAGGGGGUGCCUCUGAGACUGGCAGUGCACCCCCUGACACCGGAUGCCGCCAAUGGUGCCAGUGAUGCCUGCCAGUGGCAGCCGCUUGCCACCCUCCCCUUGCCGGUGAUACUGCCAGUGGCAUCUGCAGGUGGUUCUCAAGCGCCAGAUCUGUGAUGACGGUGACAUACACGAAUCGUGUGGCUAAUGCCCGCCUGGGCACUUUCUCGCAGCUCCUGCUCCAAUGGAAAGGGAGCAUCUACAAACUCCUCUACUGUGAGUUCCUUAUCUUCAUCACUCUCUACUUCACCAUCAGUCUCAUUUACAGGCUGGUCCUGAAUGAAAGCCAAAGGCUGAUGUUUGAGAAGCUGGCUCUGUAUUGCAACAACUACGCUGAGCUGAUCCCCGUGUCCUUCGUACUGGGUUUCUACGUGGCCCUAGUGGUGUCUCGCUGGUGGGCACAGUAUGAGAGCAUCCCUUGGCCUGACCGCAUCAUGAACUUGGUCUCCUGUAAUGUGGAUGGACAGGAUGAAUAUGGGCGCCUCCUGCGGCGUACAAUGAUGCGCUACAGCAACCUGUGCAGUGUGCUGAUCCUCCGCUCUGUCAGCACUGCUGUCUACAAGCGCUUCCCAAGUAUGAAACAUAUUGUGAGAGCAGGCCUCAUGACACCAGAAGAACACAAGAAGCUUGAGAGCCUGCAUUCCCCCCACAACAAGUUUUGGAUCCCAUGCGUGUGGUUCUCAAACCUGGCUGUGAAGGCGCGGAAUGAGGGCAGGAUCCGGGACAGCGUGCUCCUUCAGGGCAUCCUCAAUGAACUAAAUACUUUGCGAAGCCAGUGUGGGAGGCUCUACGGAUAUGACUGGAUCAGCAUCCCUCUGGUCUACACUCAGGUGGUCACAGUGGCUGUUUAUAGCUUCUUCCUGGCCUGUCUGAUCGGCCGGCAGUUCCUGGACCCAGCCAAGGCCUAUCCUGGCCAUGAGCUGGAUCUUUUUGUGCCUGUCUUCACUCUCUUGCAGUUCUUCUUCUACGCUGGCUGGUUAAAGGUGGCUGAGCAGCUCAUCAACCCAUUUGGAGAGGAUGACGAUGACUUUGAAACCAACUGGCUCAUUGACAGGAACCUGCAGGUCUCCCUUCUGGCUGUGGAUGAAAUGCACCAGGAUCUUCCCAUUUUGGAGAAGGACCUAUACUGGAAUGAUUCCAACCCUCAGCCACCUUACACCGCAGCCACUGCUGAGUACAAGCGGCCAUCAUUCCUUGGCUCAACCUUUAACAUCAGCAUGCAGAAAGAAGAGAUGGAAUUCCAGCCACUGGAGCAAAUUAAAGAGAACGAAGAGGCAAACCACUCUACCCCAUUGCUGGGCCAUCUGGGCCGUCUCCUAGGUGUCCGCUCACCCAGUUUCUCUAGGUCCUCUUCCCCAAUGAACCUACUACGCAGGAGGAAUGACCCCACAUCUCCCUUCCCUCAUUAUUUUUACCAAGACGUGGGCAAACAUGGAAGCCCGCCCAGUGUCAAUCAGCACAGGGGAGACUUCUCCCAUCCAAGUUCCAGCUCUCCUGACCAGCGGGACGAAGACAGGAAACUGAGAGAGUUUGAGGCCUUCAUGUCAACCCCCUUCUUCGAGAGACCUGGAUUCUACAGUGCUCCACAAACACCCAUCAGCUCUAUCCCAAUGAUCUUUCCCUCCAGACGACCAGGCCGCAAGAAGCCCCCUGCUCUCUCCAGCAUCGCUGCAUGCUCAGCUUCUCUGAGAGAGAAUUUUGCCAACCCUUCACCUUCAAGAGCUAGUGACAUGGACAGAAGCCAAAGUUCCCUUGGUUCUGGAGUUAAGGAAACUUUUGUUUGGCCAACAGAACGAGGCAGAGCCUGGGACUCCCUGGUGGUGACAGUAGAGGAAGAAAGGAACAAUUUGAACAGCAAAAAUAAAGAGGCUGGCCCUAUCAGGAGUCCAGUUCAGUCCACCACAUCAGAAAGCCCCAAAUUCCCUUUCAUAGCAGAAUCUCCAGACUGUGAAAAGCAGGAUGGCUUCAAGAACCUGAAGAGCGUGAAAGGCUGCCGACAUCCCCGGCUGACUCUGGAGAACACGGCACCAGUUGGCACCCCAAACUCAGAUCACCCCAGUUCCUUUCACACACCCAAUGGUAACAGCCCCCUUUGCUUUUCUUUCACACCAAUGACCUCCCCCGUGCUUGAGAGAUCAUCCUUUGGAAAUACUGGCACUAUUCCUGUCCCAAGCUCAGAUGAUGCACCUAGUGCCCCAGACCAGGCUUCUGGGGAGUUGCCUGGGACUACCAGAGAUAUAAGAAGUGAAAGUGCAACUGCUCAAUACCCCAAGGAGCAGAAGAGUGCAGAGAGCCCCUCCCCUAAUGACUCCGGCAUUUCUUUAGCAGAGGGUGACUUUGUGGGGCUGAUGGAAGUGAUAAUGGAAACUGGUGAGAACGUUUCUGAUGAAGAGAAAGCAGAGAGGUACAGCUAACAGCAGAGAGCAAACCGGCUCAUUCUAACUGCAGAAAUACCUCCUAUGCUGACAAUUUCAGUUGCCUUUACAUCCAGCUAUAUUGGUGCUCAACAUUAUUACAGGUUUAUACAGAAAAAGUACAGAACCAUACCAUACGCUGGCAGAGGGCUUCAGUACCCAAAUGAAAGACUGGACUCCUGGCACUAAAGACUCACCAGCACUCACCCUACUGCAGUAGAGCUAAUGAGAACUAUUCCGAGAACAUCACUACUAACAGCAUAAGAAAACCCUGCUAUGAUUUAAAAAAUGUGAAUUUUAAAAAAUGAUUACAUUUUUCAUAAAUAGCAAGCCCCUAGGAAUGAAGAAUAAUUGAUAUAGCAUCCACCUGCAAAGAACUUGAGCACGAGGAUUAAAACGAAUAUAUUUGCCAAGCACACCUGCAAACAGUCACUGCAUUAUAAACCCACAACACAACUCAGACUUACUAGUGCCUGUCAAAAGACCAGAUGCAGAAAUAGCCUCUAUAAGGGGGUACAUACAAUUGUAAUGAAACAUGAUAAAUUUUAAGAGAAAAAAAUAUUUCAAUAAUCAGGGGCAUAUUAUUUGCAAUAUGAAUUUAAGACGUAUUAGCAAAACUGAAGGUAGUUUAUGACUUUAGGAUUCAAAUAAAAAAGGGGAUUAAGCAGAAUAGCAGCUGAGCAGAGAACAUAAAGGGCUGUGACAUUGACUGCAGUCCAACCACUUCUUCUUUCCAAAGUUUUUACUCAUUCACUAUUCAUCCCCAUACAACUACUGAGUCAUUGUGUUAUCAUUAGAGGUGGCAACUAGAGGUACUUGGAGGAUAAAUAUUAAAAAAAAUGGGGGAGAGUGGGGAACUUGGCAUAUGAAUUAGUUACACAUAUAUCCCAACAUGCAACUUGACAAAAAAAAAAGUAAAAGCUGCAGGUGUUUCACUUCCUCAUUCUUGUUCAGAGACAUGAGCAGCAAACCAAACAUGCUACAGCAAAAGGACACAGAUGCAGCAGGGCAGGAAGUCUUGGAAGGUUAGCAACUGACUAAAGUUUAUAGCCUCUUAUUAAUUCUUGCAAGUCACAAGUCUGUCCUAGUAAAUUUUUCAUUUUACAUUUAAUUUGUUUUAUCCCCACUAUCACCCCUGCACCACACACCCCCAGUAAAAGGAAGAAACCUAGCAUCUAAAAUUAGCGCACACAUCUGCUUUCCCAGAUCUUCAGCACUUAGACAACCUGUGAACUGAUGAUCUUUCUAGGAAGUACCUAUAAAACAAUUUUCCAGAACACUCAUUAAAGUUUUAUUUUGAAGUCUAGUGUCACAGGGCAAUGUAUUCCGUCCCACAGGUGGCUUCAGAGGAUAGCUGUGCUUUCUCUUCUAUAGUCUCAAGGUCACACCAACCUUAGGAGUCCCCUGUGGUUCAGUGGUAGUAUUAUCCUUGCUUGCCAUAUAGGAGACCUAGUUUCAAUUCCCAGACACUUAUGCAAAUACAGCUAUGGAGGCACCAAACAUCUGGACACGGCCUGGCCUGUAGCGUGUCUCAGUGGCCUGUGGGGGGAAAUAUAUGAAAGGUCUAGGCAGCCUCCUGCUCCAAGUACUCCUGCCUAGGCAUAAGCAUUGGAGGUCUGAGUGACUUCGCAUCCAUACACCAUGAUCCACCAGGACCAAUGGUUGCCGAACAAACAUCAGCCUUACCAUUCAUUAGUAUGGACUGACAUGAUUUACAGCUCUAUGAGGCUAUGCCAGAGAUUGUGUUGCAAGGGAAAAAGGUUUUCCAGUUCCCAGUAAGAUGCAAGUGUUUCCUACUGUUCAUGCCAUGGGCUUGUAACUAAUGUAAGUGGAGUUGUUUUCCCCUAUGCCAUUUACCCAAGGAACAAGUUUCUUAAACCUCAGGACUUCACGCAAGUCUGUAAAAUAAGUGCAGAAGCAUGCACACAUUUGACUCUUUGCC